GUUUCACGACUGUAACCACAACAAUGCAACUUGAGACGAUCUAUGAGUAGACGAAAUACUAUUAAGCAAUCGCGCAGUUUGCUUGAGCAUCUCCCGCAUCGGCCUCCAAAAUGAAAGUCACGAUCAAGAAGUGGAAUGCCGUCGCGACCUGGCGGUGGGAUAUUCCCGAAGACGAUGUCUGCGGUAUCUGCCAAGUCCACUUCGAUGGGACAUGCCCGACAUGUAAAUACCCCGGCGACGAUUGCCCCCUCUUAUCGGGAAAGUGCGGGCACAAUUUUCACAUGCACUGCAUUCUUGAGUGGAUAAAACAAGACUCGGCCAAAGGCCAAUGUCCUAUGUGCCGGCAGAGAUUUGAAUGGACCGAGCAACCAAACGAGACCUCGAUAGACACCAUUCCAGAUGCCGCUGAAGCUUAACUACCUACCUGAGCCCUCUGGCCCUGGAAUAACAUCCAUCUAGACUACAGCUCCUAGCUCCGCUUACCGGGAGCGCGUUUGGGACAACCAUGAAUACAUGUUGUAUGAUUGUUGAUGUUGACGACCCAGUCCCCUGUAUGGUACCAAUAAUGCGCGAGCGGGAGAAGGGGAGUUCAAGGCAAUAUGCGCAAGGGAGAGGAAACCCUGCAUUUCGGAUAACAUAACACAGUAGGUUAAGACCGUUUCCCGCAGAGAACCUAGCAACUUCUCCGAGCUCGAGAUACUGUGUACUUUGUUCGUGGUUGCCGGGUGUACCCGCCACGGUCCUGUGUGUAAGCGAUAAGAUAAGCUUUUGCCGCGUGGGCAUCCCUGCACAGACAACAGGCGGCAGCUGUCUUGGAGA